AUGUCAAACACCACUAUUCUUGACACCAAUGUCACGGUGCAACAGGUGAUCAAUUGGAAUCCAUUUAAAGCUGUCCUUUCCAUGACUCCCUGUUUCUUCUUUCUCUAUGUCAAUUUGGUCAUGUUGGUCACCCUGAGGAGCAAGGUCGUCUUCCAGGAGACCUCACGUUACAUCCUGUUGACCAACAUGCUCUUUGUGGACUCUAUAAACUUGCUGGUCUCUUUCCUGCUGUAUAUCUUUGCUGUGGUGAGGGUGCAACUCAAUGGUAUUAUAUGUCUUGUUAUUGUUGUUUCAUCUGACAUCACAACCCCUAUCUCCCCAUUCAACUUGGCUCUUAUGUCUCUGGAGCAGUACAUUGCCAUCUGCUUUCCUCUGAGACAUGCUGAGAUCGCCACCAGCAGGAGGACAGGUGUGUCAAUUGGUGUUAUAUGGAUGUUGGGCUCAUUAACUUCUCUGACUGAUGUAAUUGUCUUUGUGAUCACAGGAUCUACUUUUGACAUCAAGUGGGGAUACUGUACAAGACCCCUUGUGUUUCAUCUGAAGGUUCAUGAAGUUCUAAAUAAAACCUUCUCUGGCAUUUAUUUCACAUCAGUUGGGGUCAUCAUUAUCUACACAUACAUCGGUAUUGUGGUGGCAGCCAGAUCAGCUGCCUCAGACAAAAUGUCAGCAAAUAAGGCCCGUAAAACAGUGCUGCUGCAUUUGAUUCAACUGGGGCUGUAUCUUGCAUCUCUCUCACAUGAAUCCAUAAUCAUAGCAGUGUAUCAAUACUUGGACCUCAUCACUGCUGUGAACAUACAGUAUGUAGCAUUUCUGGGGCUGAUCAUAUUCCCAAGAUGUCUCAGUCCUCUUGUAUACGGACUGAGAGAUCAGACCUUUCGGCCUAUUUUCAAAUACUAUUUCACAUUUGGUUUAAGAAGCACUGUGAAGCCAGUUCUUAUUUGA